AUGUGGCUGAUAUUUUGUUUGAUUACAGUAUCAUAUGCUAUACCAGUAGAUUUUCCGUGUUAUGAUGAAACAUGGUUGUAUUCGAAUGAAACAGGAAAAUGUUAUAAGGCGAUAUUAGGAGCACAAAAGUUAACAUUUGCAAAUGCUGCUAUAGCUUGUAGAACACAUCUACAAAGCGUUUCACAAGUUUCAGUAAAUUUGUUACAAUUUGCCGAUGAAAAUGAGGCUGAUUCAGUUGUGAAAAUGUUAUCUCAAAAUGGAUAUAGAGAAACAGUAUGGCUUGGUGCAAAUCGAAGUGAUCCAAAACAACCAUUUUUAUGGUAUAUGGAUGGUACUACUGCCAGCUUCAGUUACGUUUCAUGGUCUGAAGGAACUAAAACAGGCGACUGCAUUGAUUUCGUAUAUUCAACUCAACCAGUUACAGGAACAAACAAAUGGACUGUUAUAAAAACUAUUGAUAACAAACCAUGUGAUUUGACACGUUCUUUUAUCUGUGAACAUAAAGUUCCACUUUGUAAAAAUCCACAAGGUGGUUUUAAUUCAACAACAAUGGUUAUGAAACCUGUUAUAAUGGCUCCAGGAUCUAUUGUACAAGCAGUUUGCUCUCCUGGUACAUUCAAAGAUACCAGUGCAUCAACUAACAGAUUGUCUGGUUUCGAUGUGGAUCUAAGUUUACCAGAAAGUUCCUACAAAUGUACAGGAAUACGACUCAAUAGUAGUGAACAACCUCAAGAUCCACUUAAAUAUCAACCACAACUUUUUUAUUCUGGUUAUACAUUGGCACCAUGUUCACCUGUACGUUGUGAUCAGAAACAAUUGGAAAGUAUGAUACCUAAAAAUGCAAAGCUAGUUAGUGCACGUAAUCGUAUUACAGAUCAAGUUUUUGGUUCCCAUCAAGUUAAUCAGUUUUAUUCCUAUGGAAAUAUUAUUUCAAUCAGAUGUAAUCCAGGUUAUUUAUUUAAUGAUCGUACAACAGAAAAAUCUGUAUCCUGUGAAUUAGCAUCUGGUUCAGCUACAGUCGGAAAGUAUCGAGGUUAUUCUGGUACCGUACUGCCUUUACCAACAGAAUGUCAAGAGGCUACUUGCUUAUACGAACAGGCUGUAAUACAAUCAGAUUCAAAUAUGCAACCAUAUUUUAUUGUUGUAAGAAGUACUAUUGAUGUAGUGAACUUAACCAGGCAUGCUGGAGUUCCAUAUCCGCGUGGAACAGUGAUUCGAUACUUUUGCAAGGAUGGAUAUGAAAGCAUCAAUCAAAAUUCAGAAUUAAAUAUUACUUGCGGUGAUUAUGGCCAGUGGAUACCACAGUUGGUCGGCUGUAUCGCUCGGAUUGAAAAAGUCCCUGUAAGUCUUACUGGACGUUUUCAGAGUGCACCUGAAGAAGCUGAAUCAGCGACGAAAUUAUCAUCAAUCAUGUUUAUUAUGGUCUUUAUAUUUUUGGGACUUAUUUUAAUAUUAGACCUGGCAACCAUUGGAAGAGAUUUCAAACAAAUUAAAAGUAAUAUUAAAUUACAAAAGAGGAGAAUAAACCACUCAAAAAACAAAAGUAAAAUGGGAUAA